GCGCUCAGCCCCGCGACCACCAGCCGCUGGAGACCCCUGCGCCGCUGCGCCCCGGGUUUCGCGGCACCCAAGACCCAGCGAGUGCAGCGGCGGCCGCCGAGGAGGUUCGAAAACGCGGCCAAAAGAAAUGCCGAGAAGGAACUGACAGAUAGGAAUUGGGAUCAAGAAGAUGAAGCUGAAGAGGUGGGAACAUUCUCUGUGGCCAGUGAGGAAGUCUUGAAGAAUAGAGCCAUAAAGAAAGCAAAGUGCAGAAAUGUUGGAUUCGAAUCUGACAGUAGAGGAGGCUUUAAAAGUUUUAAAGGUUUAGUGGUACCUUCUGCAGGAGGACGGUUUCCUGGAUUUGGUAGUGGUGCUGGAGGGAAGCCUUUGGAAGGACUGUCGAAUGGAAACAACAUAACCAGCGCCCCUCCCUUCACCAGUGCAAAGGCAGUGGCAGAGCCCAAGGUAGCCUUUGGUUCUCUUGCUGCAAAUGGCCCUACCGCCUUGGUUGAUAAAAAAGUUUCAAAUCCCAAAACUAAUGGGGACAGUCAGCAGCCCUCCUCCUCUGGCCUUGCUUCCAGUAAAGCUUGUGUCGGAAAUGCCUAUCACAAGCAGUUGGCCGCCUUGAACUGCUCCGUGCGGGAUUGGAUAGUGAAGCACGUGAAUACAAACCCCCUCUGUGAUCUGACACCUAUCUUUAAAGACUAUGAGAAAUAUUUAGCAAACAUUGAACAGCAACACGGGAACAGUGGCAUGAAUUCUGAAAGUGAAUCUAACAAAGCUGCGGCUGAAACACGGUCUCCUUCCCUUUUUGGCUCAACAAAAUUACAGCAAGAGUCAGCGUUUUUGUUUCAUGGCAACAAAACCGAAGAUACACCUGAUAAGAAGGUGGAGCUGGCAUCUGAAAAGAAAACGGACCCAUCAUCACUAGGAGCGACAAGUGCCUCAUUUAAUUUCGGCAAGAAAGUUGAUAGCUCUGUUUUGGGCUCAUUAAGCUCUGUCCCCCUGACUGGAUUUUCAUUCUCCCCUGGAAACUCCAGUUUAUUUGGCAAAGAUAUUACCCAGAGUAAGCCAGUCUCUUCACCAUUUCCCACUAAACCAUUGGAGGGCCAAGCGGAAGGUGACAAUGGUGAAUGCAAAGGUGGAGAUGAAGAAGAGAAUCAUGAGCCACCCAAAGUAGUAGUUACCGAAGUAAAAGAAGAAGCUUUUUACUCCAAAAAGUGUAAACUAUUUUACAAGAAAGGUAAUGAAUUUAAAGAGAAAGGCAUAGGUACUCUGCAUUUAAAACCUACAGCAAAUUAGAAGACACAGCUUUUGGUGCGGGCAGACACCAAUUUAGGCAACAUAUUGCUGAAUGCUCUGAUUCCACCCAAUAUGCCACGUACGCGAACAGGGAAAAAUAACGUUUUUAUUGUCUGUGUUCCAAAUCCACCAAUUGACGAGAAGAAUGCCACCAUGCCAGUCACCAUGUUGAUUCGGGUAAACACCAGCGAGGAUGCAGACGAGUUGCACAAAAUUUUACUGGAGAAAAAGGAUGCCUGAACACGCGAAGUCGGCUGCGGAAUUAUUGCCAAGUUGCUGCUUCUUCCACAGUCCCUUAAACUUAGUUUUUCUUCUCUUCUUUAACAUUCUAAGAACUUAUAGAUAACUUAAAACUUCUGAGAGGAAGAUUAAUGUGGCCAAUAAAACCUUUAAAUGUUAAGUGUCAAGAAACCGCACUCUCCCUUCUUAAGAACUGCCUAAAGUGUAAAAUACAUUUGAAUGCAAUUUUUGGAAGAUUUUUUAAUGUUCGUUUGUUUAUUAAACUAACCCUAAGUGAUUUCUUCAAGGACUGCAAUCAGGGUAUCAAUUCGCUUUCCGAAAGUCUCUUCCAACCCGUGGGUUUUGGGGUCCACCGCCAUCACCAGAGAGGCUUUUGAACAGGUGCCUGGCUGUGUUCAGAAGGAAGCUGGCCUGUGUGCUUCUCUCCGGUGGGCUCAGCCGACGUGUGAGACUUGUUCUGUUACCAAAUGAACCGGGCUGCGACGCUGUGACAGGCGUUUGUCCUCUGCUUUAUUUUUAUUUUGAAGCUAAAAUGUGAGUACUAAGUGUUAACCUCAGCGUUCGAAUCAUUGGCCUGUAACCCUGUGGGCUGCUUCACGAGAAUUCAGGACCUGCAUUUUCAUUCUAAAAAGAAAUGAACAGCUUGUGAAGGAGUUUUUUGGCUUUGUCGUUUCUAUUCAUGAGGUAGUGUUACUUCUUUAUCCCCCUAAAGGCAAAAUGAAGAUAAAGGGGGAUUGCCAGGAAUGGGUUUAAAAGCACAAAUUUGGUAGCUUAUCAUUUAUACCAUGGAGAGUGAACCCUUACGAAAUGAAAGUCAAAUGAGACCAUCCUAGAAAAAGAAGAUGCUCAUAGACAUUUGUACCAUGAUCAACCCCACGCAUAUGAAAACUGUGACCAAGUGACGUGCCUGGAAGCUUUGACACACGAGCCGUGUGAAUUCACUAGGAAACAUGUAAUAAGGACUCAACCACAGCAAUAUGUAAGAAGAACACACACCAAACAUUCCUGAAGUGAUUUAAAAGAUAGACUGAAGAGGAGCAAGAACAGAAACAGGGAGCCAGUUACAGAUCUAUCCCAAGAAUUCUGGGGAGAGAUGAUGGUGUCUGCAGCAGAGUGACAGCAGUGGAGAUUGAGAGAAAAGGUUGAAAAUGGUUGCUUGUGUUCAACUACUGUGAAGAGUUGGAAUCAGACAACUACGGCUUUGAUUUUCCAAGUGGUUCAGAAUGUAAAUAUGAUCUGACCUUUCCCUGAUGGACAGUUAAAUCAUGGACACGCUAAACAAUUUACUUUGGACUGUCCUUCCUAAAGAUGCUCUGGCUUCUCUCUUGAAUGCUCACUAAGCUUUCGUAGCUGACAAGGAAAGGAAGGAAAACUGUGAACUGGAAAGUUAUCUUACAAUGAAAAUUACUAGCACAUCUUGCAUCUGUCCAGUCCUAGUGUGUCUCUGUUUUGUGCAGAGGUGUUAUGGAACUGCUCACCACAGCUCCAUCAAGGUGACGAGAAACCAAACCAAACACAUUGAAGGUGAAACCGAAGUCCAUCAUCGUCCCAAAAGGGGAUGGGUAUGGAAUCAGUUCUUUGUUUUAGAAGAACAUAUGGGACCAGAUCCUCAGUAUGUUGGAAAGCUGCACUCCAAUUCUGACAAAGGUGAUGGAUCUGUCAAGUACAUCCUUACUGGAGAGGGUGCUGGGACUAUAUUUAUCAUUGACGAUACCACGGGUGAUAUCCACUCAACAAAAAGCCUAGACAGAGAGCAGAAGACCCACUACGUGCUUCAUGCUCAAGCUAUUGAUAGACGUACAAACAAACCUCUUGAGCCUGAAUCCGAGUUCAUCAUCAAAGUGCAAGACAUCAAUGACAACGCUCCAAAAUUCACAGAUGGACCAUACAUUGUUACUGUGCCUGAAAUGUCAGAUAUGGGUACCUCUGUUCUACAGGUGACAGCUACUGAUGCAGAUGACCCUACCUAUGGAAACAGCGCUCGGGUGGUUUACAGCAUUCUCCAGGGACAACCCUACUUCUCCGUCGACCCUAAAACAGGAGUUAUUAGAACGGCCUUACAUAACAUGGACAGAGAAGCCAGAGAACAUUACUCUGUGGUCAUUCAAGCCAAAGACAUGGCUGGGCAAGUUGGAGGGCUUUCAGGAUCUACAACAGUCAACAUCACCUUAACCGAUGUCAAUGACAACCCACCACGCUUUCCUCAAAAACACUAUCAGCUAUAUGUUCCUGAGUCAGCUCAAGUUGGUUCAGCUGUUGGGAAAAUCAAGGCAAAUGAUGCUGACACUGGCUCAAAUGCUGACAUGACCUACUCCAUCAUAAAUGGUGAUGGCAUGGGAAUAUUCUCAAUCUCCACUGACAAAGAGACCAGAGAAGGAAUCCUUUCUUUAAAGAAGCCACUGAACUAUGAGAAAAAGAAGUCAUAUACCCUCAACAUAGAAGGAGCAAAUACACAUCUUGAUUUUCGCUUUUCUCACUUGGGUCCUUUUAAAGAUGCUACUAUGCUGAAGAUCAUUGUUGGGGAUGUAGAUGAACCACCACUAUUUUCCAUGCCUUCCUACGUCAUGGAAGUCUACGAAAAUGCCAAGAUUGGGACCGUCGUUGGUACAGUUUUGGCACAAGAUCCUGACAGUACUAACAGCUUAGUAAGAUACUUCAUCAACUACAAUGUUGAAGACGACAGAUUUUUCAACAUUGAUGCCAAUACUGGGACCAUUAGGACUACAAAGGUUCUCGACAGAGAAGAAACUCCAUGGUACAACAUCACAGUCACUGCUUCCGAAAUUGAUAAUCCUGAUUUGCUGAGCCAUGUCACAGUGGGUAUUAGAGUUCUGGAUGUCAAUGACAAUCCACCCGAACUUGCCAGGGAAUAUGAUAUUAUUGUAUGUGAAAAUUCUAAGCCUGGCCAGGUUAUUCACACCAUCAGUGCCACUGAUAAAGAUGAUUUUGCCAAUGGACCAAGGUUUAACUUCUUUCUUGAUGAACGCCUGCCUGUAAAUCCAAACUUCACUCUGAAGGACAAUGAAGAUAACACAGCCAGCAUUCUGACAAGGCGGAGGAGAUUUAGUCGAACUGUUCAGGAUGUGUAUUAUCUGCCCAUUAUGAUCUCUGAUGGUGGAAUCCCCUCUCUCAGCAGCAGCAGCACCCUCACCAUCAGGGUUUGUGCAUGCGAGAGAGAUGGGCGCGUGCGGACCUGCCAUGCAGAAGCCUUCCUGUCCUCGGCUGGUUUGAGUACAGGAGCCUUAAUCGCUAUUCUUCUCUGUGUUCUCAUUCUCCUGGCAAUUGUGGUACUUUUUAUCACCCUGAGGCGCAGCAAAAAAGAGCCCUUGAUCAUUUCAGAAGAGGAUGUACGGGAGAACGUGGUCACCUAUGAUGAUGAAGGAGGUGGAGAGGAAGACACGGAGGCCUUUGACAUCACAGCCUUGAGGAAUCCUUCUGCUGCUGAGGAGCUCAAGUACCGGAGAGAUAUCAGACCUGAAGUGAAGCUCACUCCCAGACACCAGACAUCAUCCACCCUGGAAAGUAUAGAUGUUCAGGAAUUUAUUAAGCAAAGACUGGCAGAAGCAGACCUAGACCUUAGCGUUCCCCCUUAUGACUCUCUUCAGACUUAUGCCUAUGAGGGUCAGCGAUCAGAAGCUGGGUCUAUCAGCUCGCUGGAUUCAGCAACGACACAAUCAGACCAGGAUUAUCACUACCUUGGAGACUGGGGACCCGAGUUUAAAAAGUUAGCUGAACUCUAUGGAGAAAUAGAAUCUGAAAGAACAACUUAGGGGGUCAGUUCUUGCAACCUUGUGGAAUUUGCUUCCUGAGUAAGUGGAUAUACAACCUCAGCAAUGACAAGGAAGAAGUGUGGAAACAGUACUUGGAACUGAGCAAGCUGGACACAGCUCCUGUAGAAACAAGUGCCCUUUUCAUGAUCGAAACUGGGUUAUUUAAUUGGAAGAAAGUAAAAAAAAAAAAAAAAAAAGACAAUACAAAGAAAAAGUUAUUGUUCCUUGUGUAUAUUUUCAAUUGCUCAAUAAAGUCUGUGGUACUGUUUAUUAAGAAUACCUGAAUUAAGCCAAACAAUGA